AUGGUCGAAACCACUGAGACGGUCGUUCUCAAGAGCUCCAAAGCUCUCAAGGCCUACUACGAACUCCUUGUAGAACGUCGCAGAGCCGCAGCCGAGAAUCCACUGCGCAUAGGUUGGACUUUUGUUGUUGAAUUACCUCCACACCCUGCCGCCACCAACGACCGAUGCCGUCCGUUGCCACCCUAUGUGCAUAAUGGCGGUACCUUUAAGCUCAUCUUGGCGGAGGCCCCCCACCCGUUCCAGCACGAUAAGCAGUACUCCCAGGUUUGGGUCGCGGACGUCCAUACCUUAGGCCUUUGUAAAAGAAAGCUCGGCAGGGUCAUCAUGAAGAUCAUCCAGCCCUCCUUCAUCCGUCUUCCCGAUCCUGACUGGUGUCUGGAGGUGCAAGACUACGUCAGACCGUGGACUCUUUGGCGCACCGAGGACGAGGCGUAUAAGGAGCUCAAGCCGUUGGAAAGGAGUACCGUGCCAUAUUACUUUGGCAAACAAAGGGUCACGAUGCCGGCGGGGGAAGAUGCAGAGGUUUUAUUCAUGGAAUAUGUCGAAGGCAAGACGCUCCAACAGUGGAAGAAAGGCCGGCCAGCCCAUGAGAAACCCGAAGACCUGGGGGAUGCUAACGAAAUAUAUAUGAAAGAGACGAAACAGAUGUACAAGAAGGUCCUGCUCGGCGUCCACGCCUUCAACAAGCUUGGCGUCGGACACAGAGAUAUACGCUCGUCGAACAUCAUCAUUACUCCCUCCGGAGAGCCCGUGUUUAUCGACUUUGCUCGCGCGGGCUGUAAAGUCGACCCACGCAAGGUUCGGACAAUAUACAGAAAUCCUCUCAGGGCGGUCACUCUUGUUCGAAAUUGUUGUAAUCAACAUGAGGACGAAAUUAUCGAAUGGUCCAAGGCCGAGUUGGCGAAGCCUGAAACGUCAUGGAUCCGGUGUUGA